AUGGGGAACGUGCAUACCUCUGGUCCUAAUGAGGCUCUUAUUUUGUCUGGCGGACUGGGAUCUUCGGGAGUUAAAGUAAUAGUUGGUGGUUGGGGAUGGUCUUGGUGGUGUCUCACAGAUGUACAACGGCUUUCCCUGUCGGUUAUGACACUGAACCCCAAAUGUGAAGACGUUGAAACUCUGGAAGGUGUGGCAGUUACCGUGACCGGUGUCGCUCAAGUGAAAGUAAUGAAUGAGCCCAAAUUUUUAGAAGCUGCCUGUGAACACUUUCUGGGGAGAAGUACUAAGGAAAUUAAAGAAACUAUUCUCCAUACAUUGGAGGGUCAUCUUCGCUCAAUUCUCGGCACACUCUCUGUUGAGUCUAUUUACAAAGAUCGUGAGAUUUUCGCCCAUUCUGUACGGGAAGUUGCGGAACCUGAUGUUGCAAAAAUGGGUUUAGAGCUCUUAUCUUUCACAAUCAAAGAUCUUAGCGAUCGGGUUCAGUAUUUAGAUUCCCUUGGGCGUGGACAGAUUGCCUACGUGAGACGAGAUGCUGAGGUUGGUGUUGCGGAAGCAGAGAGAGACGCCGGAAUUCGAGAGGCGGAAUAUGACAAAGAGCUAAUUGAUGCUCGUUGUUCCGUUGAUGGAGAGAUUGCAGAAUUCCAGUUCAAGUUUACUACUAUGAAAUCAAAAUUUGAGCAGGAGAUUAAUGUGGCCACAGCUGAGGCGGAAUUGGCAUACGAGUUGCAAACUGCAAAGGAGCAGCAGUCGAUUCGAGCCGAGGAGGUGGAAAUUGAGGUGGUUCAGCGUCGUUUACUAGUUGAAAUCGAGCACGAGGAAAUUUCGCGCUCACAACGAGCUCUUGAACAUACAGUUCAUCUUCCUGCAACAAUUGAGGCUUCUAAAACACAAAUGGUUGCUCUAGCUGAACGCGAGAAGAAGAUUAUGGAGGCGAAAGCGUCAGCGAACGGUAUAAGGAUGAUCGGAUCGGCCAAUGCGGUUGCCCUCGAGGCUUUAGGAUCGGCAGAAGCUGAAGGAGUUAUUGGAAAGGCUAAUGCCUUCGCACACUUCACAGACGCCUCAAAACUCGCUUCAGCUCUUGAAGUUCUUCCCACCAUUGCGGCACAAAUUGCACAGCCUCUUGCCAACAUUAAGGAAAUUAUCAUUCUCUCUGAAAAUGUUGCUAGCAGUACUGGAAUUGAUGAGUACGUAGAGACUGCCAAGUCCCUUCUGGGAAAUGUCCUACCGCCAGACAUUAUGAAACAGUUCGCAUCCGUUCAGGUGGGUAAUACGGCUUUAGCUUCUCUUAACAAAACGCAAGGGAUUGACUGA